AGCUUGUGUCGCAGGAGUUCGUUCGGACGUGGCUACAUCGAUAUUUCUGCUCAGUUUGAGAACCACAAAGGAAAACUACAACCACAAACAAGAGCGGGACACCAAAAGACCGCUGUGCCGAAAAUGCCGCUGCUAGUAACGGACUACUCGUGGACACAGACGGACUCCACGGUCUGCUUAAGUGUGCCACUAAAAGGAACGAAAGUCAGUAGAGUGGACAUCCUGUCUACGGAGGAGUACCUGAAGGUGCAUUACCCACCGUAUCUGUUUGAAGCCUUCCUAUUUGAACCUGUUGACGAUGACAGAAGCACAGCGAAAGUUGGAGACGGAGUUGCAGUUUUUAGUUUACCAAAGAGGACCAAUAAAGUGUGGGAGCACCUGAUGAUAACUACAAAUGAUAAAGAAAAAAAGGAGGUCAGAGAAAAGGCUCUGUUGAAAUACCAGGAAAAGCUCUCUGCAGAAUCCACAUCCAAGGCCAAGAAGCAGCAUGCAGAGAAAAAAUAUGCACUGGAGACAAUGAUGAAGCUUGAAAAAGAGAAAAGAGACAGUAUCCAGAAAAUCAAGGACAAAGAGCGAGCGAAAACCACAGCAGAGCUGGCAGCGUGGCAACUGGGACAGAAGCAAAAAGCAGAGGAAGAACAGCAACUAAAACUCCACAUUCAGAGAGACAGUCACAACAAACUGAAAGAUAGAGCAGAUGUCAAACUGGAUCAAGGCGGCGACAGUGAAGCAACGAGCAAGAGAAAACAAGAGAACCUGCCUGCUCCAAGACUCGUUGGAAACAUUCAAGUCACAUUUACCCCGCGACUUUUUCCAACAGCCCUCAGGGAAUCAAGAGUGCCAGAGGAGGAAGAGUGGCUCGAGAAGCAAGCUGAAGCCAGGCGUGCAGUGAAUGCACACGUGGACGAACUGGAGGACCUGAAUGAGGAGGAGAGGAACCCAGACUGGUUAAAGAACAAAGGGGACAAAUGUUUUGUGACUGGGGACUACCUGGGGGCAGUAAAUGCCUACAGCCUGGCCAUCAGGCUCAACAGAAAGAUCCCAGCUCUGUAUUCAAACCGUGCCGCCUGCCAUCUGAAGUUAAAAAAUCUUCACAAGGCCAUUGACGAUUCCUCUCAGGCACUGGAUCUGUUGACUCCACCAGUCGCUGCCAACGCAGCUGCCAGAGCCAGAGCCAAUGUCCGCCGAGGAUCUGCUUUCUGCCAGCUAGAGCUCUAUGCAGAAGGGCUACAUGACUACCAAGCUGCUCUAAAGAUUGACCCUCACAACGAAGCGCUGCAGGCAGACACAAAGAGAAUCAGAGACAUUAUUCAAGGCACUGCAGCGAACCCCAAGACACAAUGAAACACAGGCUACUGUACCUGUGUAGGUUGUGGUUAAAUGUUG